GAACAUAACGGAGCACAUGCUCCUCAUUCUAUUCACUGAAGCCAGGUUCCUCAACAUCUUGCCGCGUGACAGAGACAGAGCCGUCAGCUAUGGAAGCUUUUGGUGCGAAGCGGAAAUUUCAGGAGGUCGUGGAACAAGACAGGGCUAAUAAGCGCGUUCAAGUGACCACGCCACGUAGUCAGCAAACUCCUGCCAUGAAAAGACUCCACGGUGUGGUGGAAACGGAAAUCGACAAGAAAUUCGCGGAGGCUCUGCUGCUAGACAUUGCAGAAGGAAACAACGACGAAGAUGUCGAGGAUUCAGAUUGGUUUGGAGAUGUUGAUGACAUGCCAACCGAAUCAAAUUUCCAAGUAGAGAAGGAUUCGAAUGCAACUUUUCAAGUGAAUUAUUCCAAGGCUUCUUUGCAUUUUCACGGAACAAAGACUCCCCACAAUUAUCUAGAGUGUAAGGCUUCGAAUUGAAACCUUAUAUUUCGUUCUGCAGAGGGGAAUGUGACUACAACUUACCUACUAAAGCACUGCGCUGGUCAAGGCCUUCUUAUGGAGAUGGACCAUUGAGUUAUCUUUUUGUCAUGGAGCCCAUGAUUUGACCAAAUCUCUCAAACGAUAUCCACUGUGGAGUUCUGUCAUCGGUGCGAUCAUGUUCAUCUAUGGUGGAGUGUGCUCAAUGAAACUUUCCACUUAAGACCUACGAUUUUGAAGCAUCAUGCAGUAGGAAGGUUUAGUUCGUCAGCGGCGCUCCACUUUCAUCGACAGAAAACAUCAGUGCUAUUACGGUAGUGAAAUGCAAAAAAUCAAUGCUGUAGGGGCAAAUGCAGAUGCACAUUACGAAGCAUACAUUCCAACAUCCUGUGCUGUGCUGUUUUUUCAACAUACUGUAAUCUCCCAG